AUGGCCACGACCCUCCGCUGUGCACACGCGCCUUCGAGCGCAAACAUAUUUGUCCUGCUCGCGCGUCGCACGAACCCGACGUCGAACCAUCCGGCUCCGAUUCUGUCAGUACUCGUUCCGAGGUGGAGGUCCAUGACCACCGCCACUCGAGGCUUCAGCACUGGCCGCAAAUGCUGUUCCGAAACUUUUACCCGGAGAAGUUUGCCGCAGAAAUAUCACCGGAGGACAUUGCAACACCAGACUCGCGCUUUCACGGCUUCCGCGGCACGGGGGCAAACGAGAUGCGCAUGGAACCCGAAGAAGGAUGAGGAUGGACAGGAGAUGAAGCUCGAGAUCACAGAUAGGGCAGGAAAGCGUCUGUCAGAAAUCAUGAAGAAGGACAAGAACCCCAACCUGGCGCUGAGGAUACAAGUCGAGAGUGGCGGCUGUCACGGCUUCCAGUACCUUAUGAGCUUGGUGACGCUGCCCGGAGGCGGCGAGGCCGGAGAGGAAUGGUCCAAGGUAGUGGGGGAAGACGACACCGUCUUCCAGUAUUUGCCCGACAACGCUGACGCCUCGUGCAUCUCAUUUGAAGGCCCAAAGGUGGUGAUUGACGAGCCGUCGUUGGAGCUGUUGAAGGGCAGCAAAGUGGAUUUUACGAUGGAACUCAUUGGGUCCCAGUUCAAGAUCACGGACAACCCGUAUGCUUCAAGCAGCUGUGGAUGCGGGACCAGCUUCGAUAUCAAGAUUUGA